GCAGCGGCCGCUAAGAUGGCGCUGGCGAGCGCACCCGGGGCAGCCGGAGUCAGGGCCCCCGCGGGAGCCGGAGCCGGGCGCUGGGCGGCAGCGGCGGCCGGGCCGGGCUCCUGGUCCGAGUGAGCCGCGGCCCGUCCUUCCCGCCUCUGCCCCCGCCGGGGCAUGAGCGCCCAGCCCCGCGGCAGCUGGGCAGAGCCGGAGCCGGAGCCGGACCGAGGCCCAUGAAUUCCGUGUCGCCCGCCGCCGUGCAGUACCGGAGCGGGAACCAGGACGACGUGUGCCGCCCUGAGGCCAGGAAGCCGCCGCGGGCCCCCGGAGCCCGGGGUCAGGGGGCCGGAGGAGGCGGAGGAGGAGCGGGCGGCAGCAGCGGCCACAAUGGCCUAGUGGCGGGAGCCGGCGCAGCUGCUUCGGCCACCCCGGGCCCUGCUGCCUCCAGUGAGCCGGCCGAGGUGGACAAGCUCAAGAGCAAAUUCCUCUCUGCCUGGAACAAUGUCAAGUAUGGCUGGACUGUUCGAACCAAGACCAGCUUUAGCAAGUUGUCUACUGUGCACCUGUGUGGCCGGCGGUAUCGCUUUGAUGGGGAAGGUGACAUUCAGCGAUUCCAGAGGGACUUUGUAUCCCGCCUGUGGCUCACGUACAGAAGGGACUUCCCUCCACUGGAGGGUAGCAGCUUGACUUCAGACUGUGGCUGGGGCUGUAUGCUUCGUAGUGGGCAGAUGCUGCUGGCCCAGGGCCUACUUCUGCACUUCUUCUCCAGAGAUUGGACUUGGUCAGAAGCUAUUCUACCCCCAGGCCUCAGGGAAUCUGAGCUCCUCAGAAGCAUGUCUCCUUCUCGAGCCGGGGCAAGCUGGCAGCGGGUUCCUUCACCAGCCCUGGGCUUGGGUCGGGCCACCUGGACCACCAGUGGGGCCCUGAGCCCCAGGGAGCUGGAGCAGGAGGUGCAGCACCGGCACAUCGUUUCCUGGUUUGCUGAUCAGCCUGGGGCUCCUUUUGGCUUGCACCGGCUGGUGGAGUUGGGCCGAAGUUCGGGCAAGAGGGCAGGGGACUGGUACGGUCCCUCUGUUGUGGCUCACAUCCUCAGGAAAGCUGUGGAGAGCAGCUCAGAGGUGGCCCAGCUGGAGGUGUACGUUUCUCAGGACUGUACAGUCUAUAAGGCAGAUGUGGCACAGCUAGUGGCCCAGCCAGACCCGAGCACUGAAUGGAAGUCGAUUGUCAUCCUGGUACCAGUGAGGCUUGGCGGGGAGACCCUCAACCCUGUAUAUGUGCCCUGUGUCAAGGAGCUCUUGCGGCUAGAACUGUGCAUUGGAAUCAUCGGUGGGAAGCCCCGGCACUCACUUUACUUCAUUGGCUAUCAGGAUGACUUUCUGCUCUACCUCGACCCACACUACUGCCAGCCUUUCGUGGAUACCUCUCAAGAGAACUUCCCCCUGGAGUCCUUCCAUUGCACAUCACCCCGGAAGAUGGCCUUCGGCAGGAUGGACCCCAGUUGCACGAUUGGCUUUUAUGCUGGUAACAGGAAGGAGUUUGAGCUGCUGUGCUUGGAGCUGACCCGGGUACUCAACUCUUCCUCAGCCACAGAGAGAUAUCCCAUGUUUACCCUGUCAGAGGGCCAUGCCCAGGAGUAUGGUCUGGAGGAGGUCUGUUCCCAGCUCACACAGCAAACACUCCGACUGCCUCAGGCAGGGAAGCUGAGCAAGGCCAAGAGGCCCAGCUCAGAGGACUUUGUGUUUUUAUAGUGGGGAGAAGGGGAAGCAGAGACUGUAAU